CUCAAACACACUCUCGCGUCAAUAUUCAACGACGCUCAGCGGACGACUGCGACACACAGAAAGCUCGUAAAUGCGACAAGAGCGCUUCAAGAUGCAUGUGUGGAGCGCGAAGGAGAAGAUGGAGAAGAAGCAUUCACGUCGGAGUUUCUGAAGUGCCUGAAUAAAGUGUUGCCGGUCAAGAAGAGCGAGCCCACCGCCGAUCGCGUCGUCAAGUUUUGCGUCGCUUUUAUUCAGCACAUUCAAGAGACUGGGGUGGAGAGUCAGGAUGAGAAUGCUAUGGAUAUGUCAGAGGUGGAUAUUGAGACCACAGGAAUGCGGUUCGCCGACGCUGUCAUGCGUCACCUUUUGAGGGGUCUAGAGGCUAAGGACAAGGUUGUGCGGUUACGGUGCUGUCAGGUCAUCGCUCUCGCCAUCAACUCGCUCAGCGCUAUCGAUGAUGACGUUUUUGAGAGUCUGAGAACCGGAUUGAUGCGGAGAGCAAGAGACAAGGAAUUUAGUGUCAGAGUGCAGGCUGUGGUGGCAUUGAGCAGAUUACAGGGCGAAGACGACGAGGAGGGCCGGGAAGUAGUGAAAGCUUUGAAGCUGCUGUUACAAACCGACCCAAGCGCCGAAGUACGAAGAGCGGUCUUGUUCAACAUCGAGCAGAACAAGGGUACACUUCCAUAUAUCCUCGAACGUGCACGCGAUCAAGAUCCCAUCAACCGUCGCUGCGUGUACUCACGUUCUAUGCGCGAACUGGGCGACUUCCGCUUGCUCAGAAUCAAGGAUCGUGAGCGUAUCCUCAAGUGGGGUCUCAAGGACCGUGAUUUGAACGUGCGAAAGGCUGCUGCGAAGAUGUUCUCGUCGGAGUGGAUUGAGCAAGCCAACAACAACCUGCUCGAACUUCUCGAGCGUUUGGACGUGGUCAACAGUCAAGUUGCGGAGGAUGCCAUGCAAGCUUUCUUCACGGCAAGGUCAGAUGUCGUCGAUGCCAUCGAGUUCAAUGACGAUUUCUGGCUGAACUUGACAGCUGAAUCGGCAUUCCUCGCUCGUACCUUCAACGAUUUCUGUCAUUCCACGGAGGUCAGCUCUAAGAUGGAGGAUAAGAUGCCCGAAGUGACGCGGCUAGCCUUCUACAUUCAGCGUUAUGUGAACGCAUUGGGCGAAGCUGAGGAACUGCAAAGGCCAGAACUCGAAUUCGUGGUCGAGCAGCUUCUCAUAAUUGCGCUUUCUGUCGAUUUCGCCGAUGAGGUGGGAAGACGAACAAUGUACCGCUUGCUUCGUGACAUCCUUGUCAUCCCCGAGCUGCCGGAGGUAAUCACGGCUAAGGUGAUCCAGGUUGUCCGCAAGGUCACUGAUCGCGAAGUCGACUUCAGUCAGACCAUCAUCGAGGUCAUCUCUGAUCUCCAUGAUACCGUUGCUGACAAGGAGGGCGACGGAGCGGGCGAUGACUCUUUCCAUUCUGCCCAAUCCGACGUUGAUGGUCAGUCACAUCAACCCCAGCGGUUACGGUCAGUGCUCUCAGAAGAGGAAGAAGAGGCCAAGCUCAUUCGCCAGUCAAUGAUCAAUAUGAAGUGUUUGCACAUCGCUCAGUGUAUGCUCGAGAAUGUCGAAGGUCGUCUGCAAAACAACACCCAUCUCGUCAACAUUCUCAAUGGUCUCAUCGUUCCCUCAGUACGUAGCCGCGAAGCACCCAUUCGUGAGAGCGGCUUGCACUGCCUUGGUCUAUGCUCUCUCCUUGACGACGCUCUUGCGAAGGAGAACCUGGGCCUAUUCGUGCACUGUUUCCAGAAGGGUCACGAAGCACUUCAGAUCAAGGCUCUGUCCAUCAUCUGCGAUAUCAUCAUGUCGCAUGGUCUGUCUGUCCUCGAUGAUAUGGGAGUGGAUGUCCUGAACGAGACACUCUUGACUGCAUUGCAAUUGUCCGAGUCACCUGAUGUUCAAGCUGCUGCUGUCAAGGGCGUUGCAAAGCUUAUGCUCUCCUCUAUCGUCACGGAUCCCAACAUCCUCAAGAUCCUGGUGGUGCUGUACUUCGACCCAUCAUCUUCCGAGAAUCAGCGUCUUCGACAAUGCUUGACCUACUUCUUGCCUGUAUACUGUCACUCGCUUAGUGAUAACCAGGUUCGUAUGCAGCAGGUUGCCCUUUCGGCUCUUCACCACCUUUGCUCCGUCUACGACGAUCUCGAGCAGGGUGAAAACAUGGUCUCUCCAAUGAUGAUCACUCAGCAGCUACUGGAUUGGACGGACCCGACGAAGCUCGUGAAGGUUACUAUGCAAGAGGGACAGGAGAUUUCACCGGAUGCCGAUGUUCAAGCAAGCCUGGCAAGGGACGCCCUGUGCCAAAUUCGUGAAGCUGAUAAGGAGGAAAGGAAGGUGCUUUGCUCCAUGCUUGGAAAGUUGUACAUCAAUGAGCGCACUGCUGCGCCGUUGUUACUCGAGCUUCAGGAACUUGCGUCCGACAUUGUCGGGGAGAAGGUUGUCACGGACACGUUGGCCAAAAACGCAUUGGUAAAGUUCAGUGCGGGCUUGGACAAGCUGGUGUCUACCAUUCCUCAA